GCAUUAAAAAAUAUUUUUUCCACGUGAAAUUAGUUUUGCCCCGUUUUUAAACUUCAUUCUGUAAAAGCAAAAUGAAGCUUCAGACUUUUUGGCUUAUCAUUAUUCUAAAAGCUGGUUUAGACGAUUGCGGUCUAAAGAGCCAUGCAGAACUGAUACGUCAAGCAAUAAAAGCUGAUAAUAAAAUUAAGGAGUUGGUUCGUAAGGUCACAGGCUUUGCGAGCAACAACUCGGAAUUUAAGGAGAAUUAUGAGUAUCUAAGAAUUCCAUUAAUGGAAAAUUAUACAAGUCUUCAAAGUAAACUGGCCCAUGUUCGAGAAUUUAAAGUUUUUAAUCAACAACGACUUCAGUUAGAGCAGCAAAUAAUUUUGGCCAUUUCUAAACUUAACAGCUCGAAAUCUGAAAACUGUGUCAAAGAUUUUAAAAAGCUUCGUAAGCAUUUAGUUUCAAAGCUAACCGAUACUAACAUAAAAAAGCUUGAGGCUCUAAAAGAGGCAGAAAAAAGAGCAAAGGGUAAUUUCAGUCAGAAGUUUGCAACGCAGUGAAGGAGACACC